AUCAUUUGAAUAUCCCAUUCCCACUUCUAGAAAGUUCCUUUUUUCUGCGCAUAUAUAGAGGGUGUGUUCGUCUGAUCUGAACCAAUCCCCAGGACACGGCUGAGAGAACCUCUGCAGAACUUUUCCAGAAUGAAAAUCACAGACAUCAAAACAUCUGAAGGCUAUUACCGCUACUUUAGCAGACACACAGGAUGUGGGUGAGCAACCUCGUAGCUAUUUGCCUGCUGGUCUUGGCGGCCUCUGCAGAGAAGAAGCUGAGCGGCCAUGCUACCUCACUGGCCGACAACACCGCCAACCUGGCAUUCAACCUCUACCACAACAUGGCAAAGGUGAAAGACAUGGAAAACAUCCUGAUCUCGCCGGUGGUGCUGGCCUCCUCACUGGGAAUGGUUGCCCUCGGCGGUAAAUCCACAACCGCCUCGCAGGCCAAAUCUUUGCUGCAUGCAGACAAACUCAAGGAUGAGCAUCUGCAUGAAGGUCUCUCAGAGCUGCUCUCAGAGGUGAGUGAUGCCAAAACGCGCAACACCACAUGGACAAUCAACAACCGCCUCUACGGGCCCAGCUCAGUGGCCUUCGCCGACAACUUCGUGAAGACCAGCAAGAAGCAUUACAAUUACGACCAUUCCAAAAUUAACUUCCGCGACAAGCGGAGCGCAUUGAACUCCAUCAACGAGUGGGCGUCCAAGUCGACGGGCGGCAAGCUUCCUGAGAUCACCAAGGAUGUGGUGAACACAGACGGAGCCAUGAUUGUCAACGCUAUGUUCUUCAAACCUCACUGGGAUCAGAAGUUCCACGAAAGUAUGGUGGACAACCGUGGUUUCUUGGUCACUCGCUCCUUCACUGUUGGGAUUCCCAUGAUGCACCGCACAGGUCUAUAUGACUUCUAUGAAGACAAGCAGAACAAUGUCUUUGUUCUGGACAUGCCUCUGGGCCAGAAGCAGGCUUCUAUGAUCCUCAUCAUGCCCUACCAUCUGGAGCCCCUGGCACGUCUGGAAAAAAUGUUGACAAAGGCACAGGUUGACGCUUGGCUCAGCAAGAUGGAGAACAGGGCUGUGGCCAUCUCGCUGCCCAAAGUCUCUUUGGAAGUUAGCCACAACCUGCAGAAACAUCUGGCUGAGCUCGGCCUGACCGAGGCGGUGGACAAGGCCAAGGCAGACCUGUCCAACAUCUCCGGAAAGAAGGACCUGUACCUCUCGGACUUCUUCCACGCGUCGGCUCUGGAGCUGAACACGGAAGGCAACCCGUUUGACACCAGCAUCUUCAGCUCCGGCAAGCUGAGGGACCCUAAGCUUUUCUACGUGGACCACCCCUUCAUUUUCCUGGUGAAGGACAACAAGACCAAGUCCAUCCUGUACAUCGGCCGUGUGGUUCGACCCAAUGGAGACAAGAUGCGUGACGAGCUAUAAUGUUAAUUUUGGUGGGUAGGAAUAUUUUUGUGAAAAUAUGUCAAGAAAACUGUUUUUGUGCGUUUUUUUAAAGUCUAGUGUAACCUCAGGAGCACAUUCCAUUAAAGCAAACUGUGGACUAAAUAGCUGAACUUUUGAGACACCCUCCUUUAUUUGAAUAUUGUUUUCCAAAUGUGAGCUUCAUUAAGAUUUUUCUUGCGUAUAUUUUAUGUGACCUAAUUCCCCCGCAGCCUGCUAUUGACAGCAUAGGUCAAACGAUGGUGCUCAUAUUAUCUUUAACAUCAUAAGAUUUCUAAAAGUCAACAACUUGUCAUUUCUCUUGUUUGACAGUGCUUUUUAAAAAUCAGCAGCAACUUGUCACUUCUCUUUCUGCCUGCACUGACUUCUACUAGCCUGCCUGUUACAUUUUUGGUUUUAAUUUAUGCUCAGCACAUUCACCCUGUUUAUUGCUGUCCACGGAAAUGCUGUUGGAAUUAUGUGACUAUGAACACGAUUUGUUUUUCAAUAAAACAAAAAAAGUA